CUGCCAUUUAUCAUGUAUCCUUCUUAUUUUUCAAAAUAUACAUGCAUCAUCAACAAAAAAUGUUAAUUUCUCCAUCUUUAAAUAUCUACGACCUUCACUUCUAGAAACUAUAUAUAUAAGAAAACCCAAAAAUAUAAUAGCAUAGUUUAAGAUAUGAUCUACAUUUUGUUAAUAUUAUAGUACUAAAGCCUCUUGAAAUUCCCAUUUUACCCUUGGUCCACCCUUUAUAAAUGAAGUCUCCUCCCUCCACUCCUUUAUCCACAUGCACUAGCUCCCUCUCUAAAUCACCCACCUUCACUCAAAGCUUCUUAGGUGAAAAAAAAUAAUCAAGAGAGAGAAAGAAUUCAGUUUAAUAGACAAGCAAAUUAACACACACAAAAAAAAAAACAAAAAAACACACACUCAAAUGCAAGGUGAUCAAGAAGAUCCCGUGGGCUUAAUGUCUGAACUCUACUCUGGUUUAUACACCCAAAUGGCUCCUCAACAAGAAGAUCAGCCAAAACGGCGUAGAAGGAGAAAGAGUAAGAGUGAAGGAAUGAAUUCAGCAGCAAAAAAAAGGAAACUAAGUGAAGAACAAGUGAAUAUGUUAGAGAUUAGCUUUGGAUGUGAGCACAAACUCGAGUCAGAACGUAAGGAUCGCCUUGCUUCGGAGCUAGGCUUGGAUCCGAGGCAAGUUGCGGUUUGGUUCCAAAAUCGACGAGCUCGUUGGAAGAGCAAGAAGCUUGAGCACGAGUAUACCAAGUUAAGGAAUGAGCAUGAGAAGAAUGUGGUCGAGAAGUGUCGUCUUGAAACUGAGGUGUUAAGUCUUAAAGAUCAACUUAAUGAUGCAAAGAGGGAAAUUCAAAAAUUACAAGAAAGAUCAGCAACAUCAUCAUCAGCAGAUAAUAUUUCAAGCAAUAGUCCCAGCUCUUCAUUAACAAUGGAUCAUCAUCCAAAUGUGAUAGACCCUCAUCUACUUGAGGAACAAUUUGGAAUGGGAGGAUGUUUUGAUAGCAUGUUUUAUGUACCUGAUUCUAACUAUGUGCCUAGCAUGGACUGGGUUGAUCUCUAUAACAUGUGAAUGUAGUUUGAAUGAGUAAACUAAGUUAUUUUAGAGAUGUAGCGUGGAUGUGUAUAUUAAUUAUCUAUAAAUUGUAAAUUAUAGGAGUCUUAACUACUUUUUACUAAUUUAAUUAUCAUUUUUCGCUUUGUAGCAUGUCAGGGCCAAGUAUGUAAUGAAGAUUAAUCAUUAUAAUUUAACUAAUAGUUUGCCUUA